AAGCAGCCCCGAGACGCUCACGGCCGCCCCGCCAUGGCUCUAAGGCGCGUCGUGUCCGCGCUGCGCCCAGGCCCCGCCCGCCUCGCCCCGCUGUCCACGGCGCCCGUGACCCGCGAGCAGCCCGCGGGCCCGAGGGCGGUGCCGGAACGCCGGGAGGCCGAGGCCGCGCGGCCGCCGGUGCCCGCCGUGGACUUCGGCAACGCGCAGGAGGCGUACCGCAGCCGGCGCAGCUGGGAGCUGGCGCGCAGCCUGCUGGUGCUGCGCCUGUGCGCCUCGCCCGCGCUGCUGGCGCGCCACGAGCAGCUGCUCCUUCUCACCAGGAGGCUUCUGGGGCAAAGGCUGUUCGACAAGCUGAUGAAGAUGACCUUCUACGGGCAGUUUGUGGCUGGCGAGGACCAGGAAUCCAUCCAGCCUCUGAUCCAGCACAACAGGGCCUUCGGCGUGGGCUCCAUCCUGGAUUAUGGAGUGGAGGAGGACCUGAGCCCCGAGGAGGCGGAGCGCCAGGAGAUGGAGUCCUGCACCUCGGCUGCAGAGAAGGAGGGCAGCGGCGCCAGCAAGAGGGAGAAGCAGUACCAGGCCCACCGGGCAUUUGGGGACCGCAGGGACGGCGUCAUCAGUGCCCGCACCUACUUCUAUGCCAGUGAAGCCAAGUGUGACAGCCACAUGGAGACGUUCCUGCGCUGCAUCGAGGCUUCAGGCAGAGCCGGCGAGGACGGCUUCUCAGCCAUCAAGCUCACUGCGCUGGGGAGACCCCAGUUUCUGCUGCAGUUCUCGGAUGUGCUCACGAAGUGGAGACGGUUCUUUCACCAAAUGGCUGCAGAGCAAGGGAAGGCUGGGCUGGCUGCCAUGGACACAAGGCUGGAGGUGGCCGCACUGCAGGAAAGUGUGGCGAAGAUGGGCAUCGCGUCCAGGACGGAGAUUGAGAACUGGUUCACUGCGGAGACCCUGGGCGUAUCCGGCACCCUGGACCUGCUGGACUGGGGCAGCCUCAUCGACAGCAGGACCGAACUCUCCAAGCACCUGGUGGUCCCUAACAUGCAGACGGGACAGCUGGAGCCUCUGCUGUCGCGGUUCACCCAGGAGGAGGAGCUGCAGGUGACGAGGAUGCUGCAGCGGAUGGACGUCCUGGCCAAGAAAGCCAGCGAGGCGGGCGUGCGACUGAUGGUGGACGCCGAGCAGACCUACUUCCAGCCGGCCAUCAGCCGCCUGACGCUGGAAAUGCAGCGCAGGUUCAAUGUGGAGAAGCCGCUCAUCUUUGGCACCUACCAGUGCUACCUCAAGGACGCCUAUGACAACGUCACCCUGGACGUGGAGCUGGCUCGCCGUGAGGGCUGGUGUUUUGGGGCCAAGCUGGUGCGGGGCGCCUACAUGGCCCAGGAGCGUGCUCGCGCUGUGGAAAUUGGCUACGAGGACCCCAUCAACCCCACGUACGAGGCCACCAGCGCCAUGUACCACAGGUGCCUUGACUAUGUCCUGGAGGAGCUGAAGCACAACUCCACGGCUCAGGUGAUGGUGGCCUCCCACAACGAGGACACAGUGCGCUUCACGCUGCGCAGGAUGGAGGAGCUGGGCCUGCACCCUGCCGAUCGCCAGGUGUCCUUUGGACAGCUGCUGGGCAUGUGUGACCAGAUCAGCUUCCCGCUGGGCCAGGCAGGCUUCCCCGUGUACAAGUACGUGCCCUACGGCCCUGUGAUGGAGGUGCUGCCCUACCUGUCCCGCCGUGCCCUGGAGAACAGUGGUGUCGUGAAGGGCGCCUUGCGGGAGCGGCAGCUGUUGUGGCAGGAGCUCUGGCGGAGGCUCCGCACAGGCAGCCUCUUCCACCGCCCGGCUUAGCACUCGAGGGCCACCACCACCCAGCGCUACUCGGCCUCCAGCUCUCCCCAGGAUGUGGCGUCCCAGGGCCCUCAGGCUUACACCGCAGCUACAGCCAACCCCAACCUCACACGGAUUCACCUUUUUACACCCAAG